GCCAGCUGUAGACAGGAAACACAUCAGCCGGGCGUCCCCGCUUGUGCGGCUCGGGGUCUGAAUGUCGGGGGGGCCCGGAGGUGCCAGGAGCCCGAGGGGAUGCGGGACGCCCCCUGUCUGCACUGAGCGGGGCCAUGCAAAGCAGCAAGAACUGCCCCCCCCGGGCAAAUGGGGGCUGGGAUCUCCUUCCCUCAUCACUGCUGGGAGCCAUGACUGCCCCGGGCUCCUGGAUCCCCUUCUGGACGCUCCUCAAGCUGACCCUCUACCUGCUGGCCAUCAUGACCUUCUCCUUCCUCAUCCACGUAAGCAGCCGGUUCCCCUCCGCAUGGCAGAGGCUCCCCUCCCCGAACACAACGAAGGAGUCCCCAGCCACACCCCCCACCAUAACCCCCGCCACGGAGCGGGGCAUGUGGACCGUGAACUCCGCCGGGCGCCUGGGGAACCAGAUGGGGGAAUACGCCACCCUCUACGCCCUGGCCAAGAUGAACGGGCGCCAGGCCUACAUCCUCCCGGAGAUGCACCGGCAGCUGGCGCCGCUCUUCCGCAUCACCCUGCCCGUGGUCUCCAGCGACAUGGUCCGGAGCGUCCCGUGGAGGAACUAUGAGCUCCACGACUGGAUGUCGGAGGAGUACAGGCACAUCGAAGGGAAAUAUGUCCGGCUGACGGGCUACCCCUGCUCCUGGACCUUCUACCACCACCUCCGGCAGGAGAUCCUCCAGGAAUUCUCCUUCCAAGACCACGUCAAGGAGGAGGCCAACCGGUACCUGGCCGGGCUGCGUGGGCAGCGCCGGAAUGUGACCUACGUGGGCGUCCACGUCCGGAGGGGGGACUAUGUCUGGGUGAUGCCCCAGGUCUGGAAGGGGGUGGUGGCGGACAAGGCCUACCUGGAGAAGGCCAUGGGCUACUUCCGGGCCAAGUACCAGGAGCCGGUCUUCGUGGUGACCAGCAACGGGAUGCAGUGGUGCCGGGAGAACAUCGACACCUCGCGGGGGGAUGUGUAUUUCUCGGGGGACGGGAAGGAGUCGUCGCCGGGGAGGGACUUUGCUCUUUUGGCCCAUUGCAACCACACGAUCAUGACCAUCGGGACCUUCGGCAUCUGGGCUGGUUACCUGGCUGGGGGGGAGACCAUCUACUUGGCCAACUACACCCUCCCCGACUCCCCCUUCCUCAAGAUCUUCAAGCCUGAGGCCGCCUUCCUGCCCGAGUGGAUCGGGAUCAACGCCGAUCUCUCCCCGCUGCGCAGUGGGACAUCUGGCUAA